GAGCCCCUUGCAGAGAUGCCCAGCUCCACGCAUUGUCCGGUCGCUGCAUCCCACUCCGCGUGUAACAGGCCUCUCCGUUGAGUGCGGGGCGGGAUGGGUCCCACGUUGGGACCCAGGAAAUCCGUGGGGGAGAUCUGCAGAAGGCUCUGUGCACCGGCACCACGAGACUGCGUCCUCGCCAAGCCGUGGCAGUGCCAGACACUCCUUUGGAGUGGAUCCAGCCAGUUUAUAAGAUUGAUCUGAGCCCGUGACAGCUUCAGAUUAUGCAGAAUUCAGAUUCUCACUUCAAAAAAAAACCACCCUAUGUUUCGAGCCCUUCUGGUUGUGGGAAAAUCUUUUCAAAUGUGAACAGACAGUAACUCGUGCAGAAUUGACUUCCGGAGUUUGCAGGCCUCUUUGGCCAAUGCCCCACUAUGAGAGAGGUGAACUUUCCCUCUCCUCUCAAGGGCGUAAUACCUUUUAAAGCCUAAUGAGGACACCUAAAGGACCCAAUUUUACAAAUCUAGGUGUGCAAAUGCAUAGGUUAGGUAAAUGCAUAUGAAAAUGGCCAACACAGGGCAGUAAUUGGGGGAUCUAAAAGUGCCCUGUGUGACUUUUACCCAGAGUGAUGCAGUAUGCCACAGUAACUUUAGUAACUGAAAAUUUAGGCCAGGAUGACACCAGUAGUCCUUUGCCAGUAUAACUCUACUGGUUUACUAUACCAGCAAAGGGCUUCUAGUUAGAUGCAGUUUAUAUCAACACAGCUCGCUCUUUUACCAGUAUAGCUUAUUUCACCCUCACCCCAACUGAAAAAAGUUAUACCAGCACCAAUGCAGUUUGGUCUGCACAGCAGCAUCUACGCUAGGGGCCUCUGCCGGCACUGCUAUAAGGGUCCGGGAUCGCACCCUUGAUUGACAGGAGCAUGGUGGCAGACGUCUGUAAUACCAGGAAAAGUGGUAAAGAGAAGACCGCGUAUGGGGCAAGCAGCAGUGACGAUGAGGAGAAGUCGCAAGGAAUCGGGGUCGCUUACAAAUCAACGAGAUCGGCGAAACCUGUAGGUCCGGAGGACAUGGGAGCGACGGCUGUGUACGAGCUGGACACUGAGAAGGAGAGAGAUGCCCAGGCCAUCUUUGAGCGCAGCCAGAAAAUCCAGGAGGAGCUACGAGGGAAGGAGGACGAUAAAAUUUACCGGGGGAUCAAUAACUAUCAGAAGUACGUGAAGCCCAAAGAUACGUCGAUGGGGAACGCCUCCUCGGGAAUGGUCAGGAAAGGCCCCAUCCGAGCACCGGAGCACCUGAGGGCCACCGUGCGGUGGGACUAUCAGCCCGACAUCUGUAAAGACUACAAGGAAACGGGCUUCUGUGGCUUUGGAGACAGCUGUAAGUUCCUCCACGAUCGCUCUGACUAUAAACACGGCUGGCAGAUUGAACGGGAACUGGACGAAGGACGCUACGGAGUCAACGACGAGGAAAACUAUGAAGUGAGCAGCGGUGAUGAGGACCUGCCCUUCAAGUGUUUCAUCUGCAGAAGCUCCUUCAAGAACCCUGUGGUUACCAAGUGCAGACACUACUUCUGCGAGAGCUGCGCCCUGGAGCACUACCGCAAAUCCAAGCGCUGCUACGUGUGCGACCAGCAAACCAGUGGUGUCUUCAACCCAGCCAAAGAGCUAAUGGCAAAGCUAGAAAAGCACAAGGGUGAAGAGUCGGAUCCCUCGGAGCAUGGAGAUGAGCCACAGUAGCACAACUCUCUCCCCUGUUCUCCCUCCCACCCCCACCCCUAAGCUUUUGUAAUAUCCCGAUAAACGUUUAUAGAAAAGAUCUGUCCAUUUUGGAUUUUGCUUCUCGGAAACUGUCACAGGCAGGUGAUUCGCCUGUUAACCCAACCAGCAAGGAUCACUAGGAAACC